ACUGAAUACUGGCACCAUUUCCCAUGGGGGGGGUGGUGAUUUUAGCUGAUAUCUCACUUCUCAGGGUAACAGAGAGCACAGCUGCUGCUAGUGUCCUGAAGCUGCCCGGGCCUGUAUGCUGCUACCUGUGUACUGCAAUAGUGCCUGCCAAAAUUGUCACGGAGUGGUGUGAGAAAGAAAUAAGGCUGCCAUUCCUAGAAACCUUUGAGAGAGGACUGUGGAGUAACUCCAUGAAAGUUUCUUCGAGCUCGUUCAGGAGGAUUCAAGGGCCAUCCCUGUAUAUAAACAAAUUGCUCAGUAUGGCCCCCUUGCCUAACUCUACAGGGCAAUGAAAAGCAGAUAACUAUGCUACCUCUCUUAGUUCUGCUACCUCGUCUUGUAUGAGUAAACUAAUGAAAAGUUGAUAGCUGUGUCCUGUUAAGGUGGGGGCAUCAUCAGUACAUCAAUGUAAUGGGAAAUACAGUUACACUUACCUGAGGUUCCUUCCUCUGCAUCGAACAUCCCCAUGCUCAACUGCCUGGACUGCAGUGGAAUCUCAAACAGGAAAAGUAAAUCUGAAAAUGCACGGGAGUGCUUAGUUCCCAGCCAGCCUGUGAUAGAAGUGGUGGCGGUGAAGAUCUUGGGAGGCUGCAAGCUCUUGCUGCGCUUACUAGAGUGUUGCUGCAAAGCAUUUGUCCUAUCUGUUAAGCAUCUGUGUUUGGAAGAAUACAUUCUCUUGAACACCGUGGUUUCAGGAUUGUUGAGCAGAUUAUGGAUUCUUUAUAGGUGUGUAUUACAAAGCCUCAUUUCUUUAUAUGGGGUGUUGUCUGGGUUGCUGCAGGAGGUGUCCAGGACCCAGCAGAUGCCUUACAUUAAGGGGUUUACCUUCCCUUCUGAAAUCACUGAGUUUCUGGGACCCCUUUAUUUGGAGAUUAAGAAAAGACCUAAAGUACUUGCAACAAAAAAGGCAACUGGAUGGCUGAACAAACUGUUCACAGGGCCUGCAGUAGCAUCCAGGUGCAGUAAAGAGAGAGGCCUGGCAGCUCCCACAAGGGGCAGCAAGAAGAUGACGAGCAUUCAGCGCCCCAUUGACAUUGGGAAGCCGGUUUCGGUGAAAAGAUCUAAUAAAGGGAAGCAGUUGGAAUUUGACAUCAAGACCUUAUGUAGGCAACUUAAACCCAGAGUCCAAAAGGAUGUAGACUUCAGACUAACACUUUCUGAAGCAAAAGCAGCAAGAUCCCAGCAUACCAAAUCCCUUGUGUUGAGGUUUAGAGAAGCCUGCUCUUUUGGAGAACUGUCUGAAGCACUCAAAAUGGCCGUUCUCUGCUGCAAAAGCAAAAAGCUCAAGUCAGAAGCUUUCUUUCUGGGAACCAAACUUUUGAAAAGCAAACGGCUGCAGCAUGUGGAGGCUCAGGGCUGCAGCUUGCAGAAAAAACUGGGCUGUGUUAAAGCAUCUAUCUGCAAAUACCUUCUCUCUGGCUUGCAAAAGGCAUGUUGGCCAAAGCAGUACCACAGAGCAUGUUUCUGGCAGCAAAGGAAGAUCAAACUGUCUAGAAGAUCAAAAUCUGUCUCAAAGAAGACUCCAGAGUUUGUUCAACAAAACACUUCCAUCCUUUUUGAAGACAGUAUGCCUGGUGCUGUGUCCCUCUUUCCUGCUCAGCAGUGUGAGCAUUCACUUCACUUAAGAAAAGCAGGAGACUGUAGUACUGCCACGCAUGUUGGAGAACAAGACAAAGUGGGGAUCUCUGAACCUGUGGCAUUGGAAAGAAACCCUGGACCUACAGUGAAAGGGGCUAGUGAGAAUGAUGAUAUUGAUGACAUUUUUGCAGCAAUGGGUGUAUAACACUGGUGUAAUGUGUGGGUGAGUCACUGUAGUACAGAGGUCCCCAAACUGUGGGACAUGCCCCCCCAAGGGUGGGUGUGGAGGAACUUUAGGGGGGCACAAUGGGGCUCAAGCCAGCCCCCCUGGGGAGUGGGGGAAGGAGCACUACCCAACCCUGCUCCAACCCCUCUGCUGUGGCCCCGUGCACAGCCUCGACUCUGCAUCUGUCCCAUCCCUAGUUUUGGCCCUUCCCCAAGCCUUGGCUACUGCUCUGUUUCCAGCCCUGGCCUGAAACCCGCACUGAGCUACAGCACCAGCCUUGGCCCCCUUACCUGCGUCUAUCUCCAUCCCUCUUCCCCCCCCCCCCCCCCAACCUCAGGAGCUACAGCCCUGCUCCUGACCAUGUGGGGGAGGGAUGCACACAGAAGUGUAUGGCAGGGCCCAACCAUGAAAUUUGGGGACUACUACUCUAGAACUCCACAGUCUAGCUUUUUAUAACUGCCUUUAGAAGAUGGGUUGGGGUCUCCUAAAGGAAACUAUCAGAAACAUUGUUAAAGCGUUAGUCUCUGAAAUCCACAUACUUAAUUUCCCCACAAUAAUUGGGGUGGUGUGAGAGGGGCUAGUGAGGCUGCCAUACAGAAGAUAGUGGCCUUACUAAAUGUUUCUUUGCAAAAUGCCAUUUUAGAGGAGAUCUCAGACGGACAGUCUAAUAUCUUCAUGGGUGAGGGGGCCUUGCUAAGAGAACAGGGGUUUAUUUGGGCGUUUUUCAUCUCUUCAUCUGGAAAAGCACAAUGCCUCUCUCUAGUCCUACUGCAUGACUAUGAGAGACCUGUCUUAUAAGUGCUGCAAUCACAGAAUGUAGUAUAAAACACCAUGUUAGAAACCAACUAGAGGACAAGAUUCCUCUAGCAUGUGGAAAGAGCUGGGCCAUCUGCUUCUGGCUAUCAAAGGAACCCCUCCCUUGCUCUGAGUAAAGAUUGAACACCACAAAUACUUAGUCUUGGCUUGUUUUAAAAUACUUUCUAUGUUCAGUCACCCCUUUAAUAUUUGCUGCUAGUACAGAAAUCACAAUGUCUUUGUAUUGUCAUGAUCUUAGAGGGAGGACAGCAGUCUUUGCCAUUUUGAUGCCUGAAGUGUAUGGGAGCAUAUAAGCUGGCUCUUACAGCGUUGCUUUUAGCCAGGGGUACGUGUACCGCUUGGAGUACACAGAGGUCUUCCAGGGGGUACAUCAACUCAUCUAGAUAUUUGCCUAGGUUUUAACAGGCUGCAUAAAAAGCCCUAGCAAAGUCAGUACAAACUAAAGUUUUAUACAGAUAACUUUACUAUACAUUGAAAUGUAAGCACUCUUUAUAUUCCAAUAGACUUUUAUAAUUAUAAUAAAAAUGAAUCAAUUUCA